CACGUUGACAAACUCCACAGAUUGUUUCAUUUCAAGUCCUAGUGCCAUCAGUGCCGGAUUAAUGUCACAGUUCGAUUCUUCAAGUACCACCUGAAGAACCCGAAAAUGAUCUUCAUUCUUCUAAUCUUCCACUCCGUCCAACCCGCACCGGCCACUUUAUGCACCAGCCGAGUCUUCUGCCAAGGCCCCUUGCUUCACACAGUCCAAAUGGCACGCAUCUUCCCCGACUCCAAAACCUUCGUCGACCUAAAAAUGAUCCACGACGAAAAAACAACCCUUCGAAACUUCCGGCGAUUCCUCAACACCAACCAGCAAAAACCGAACAAAACCCAAACCAAGAAAUUCGUUUCAGAAAACUUCCAAAAACACAGCGAAUUCGAGAACUGGGUACCACCAGACUUUACCCCCUCACCGGAAAUUUUGUCACACAUCACUGACAAUGAAAUACGAAACUUUACCACGAAUUUGGUGAAGAUUUGGCCACAAUUGGCACGAAAGGUACGACCAGAAGUCUUAAAGUCGUCGCAAUUGUACACCAUAAUACCCGUAAAGAACGGGUUUAUAGUACCCGGAGGUCGUUUCCGAGAGUUCUACUACUGGGACACCUAUUGGAUCGUCGAAGGACUCUUGUUGUGUGAAAUGUACACCACCGUGCGUGGAAUUUUAGACAAUUUUGUCUUCAUGGUAAAGAAGUACGGCUUCGUGCCUAAUGGGUCUCGUAUCUACUAUCUAAACCGGUCACAACCACCCCUACUAACCCUAAUGGUGGCGUCAUACAUAACCGCUACAAACGACAUCCAGUGGUUAAACCAAAAUAUUAAGUUUCUAGACCUCGAGUUACACUUUUUCCUCAAGAACAGACUGACCCACGUUGUUAAAAACGGUACGAAGUACCAUCUAGCACACUACGUUUCACACUUCGGUACCCCACGCCCCGAAUCCUACUUUGAAGACAUGACAACAGCAUCCUCACUCCCUAACCACGAAAAACGAACAAUUUUGUUUGAAAGUUUGAACAGUGCUGCUGAAAGUGGUUGGGAUUUUUCGUCCCGUUGGAUCGUCGACCAGUACGGUGGUACCAACGCCAAUUUGGCUGAUAUUCACACUAGUAGGAUCAUCCCGGUCGACCUCAACGCCUUUCUUUGUCAAGCUUUCUUAAAACUGGGGAAACUUUACUCGCUUUUGGGGAAUGAGGAACGCUCUGGGUACUGGAUGGAAAAGGGAGACGACUGGAGGAAAAAUAUCGAAGCGGUGUUUUACCACAAAGAGGAUGGUAUUUGGUACGACUGGGACAACGUGAUGGGUAAACCGAGACGUUUGUUCUAUUUGAGUAAUUUCGUACCACUAUGGGCUGGGGUCUACAAUUUGGAUAAAGCUGAAGAAGUGGGACACAAAGCAGCUGGGUAUUUAGUCACUCAGGGGGUGUUGGAUUUUGAUGGUGGUCUUCCCACGUCUUUGACUCCGAGUGGGGAGCAAUGGGACUACCCCAACGCCUGGCCGCCUUUGCAAGCUAUGGUGAUUUUCGGGUUGGACCAAAGCCGGGACCCCAAAGCCCAAAAGAUUGCCGAAGCUUUAGCCCAGAAAUGGCUACACUCUAACUUGGAAUGCUUCUACCAAACGCAGAAGAUGUUCGAAAAGUACGACGUUCAACACUUCGGGGAGUCAGGGAAUGGGGGCGAAUACACAGUCCAGAGUGGCUUCGGAUGGACUAAUGGGGUACUCUUCCAACUCAUCAAUCGCUACUACACCAAGAAAAAAAGGUGACGCAGUACUCACCCUAUCUGUAUUAUUACUAUUAUAAAAUAAAUAAACGUUUUUCUAAAA